GCAAAUAUAUUUCUGUAAUAAUUGAUAUUUGUUUAUACUUUCGUUUAGAAUUUGCUCUACGAUAAACACAUCGUCGUAAAUACAUUAUUGCCAAUUUGAAAAUCUCGCGGGAAACUAACAAUCACUUUUUAAGUUUGUUGAAAACAGAUCUUUAUCCAGAUUCAUGCAAGCGUUUGGUUAUCUACAAGUCGUUUAAGGAAUCAAAUCUUUAUUUACACGUCCAGUUUUUGAGCUGUAGAACGCAGAAAAUAUGUGACUGUAAGAACAAUAGCUUGCUAUUCAAAGCAAUAAGCGAUAACAGCAUCGUGCAUGUAUUUUGACACUAUUAGCAGACAAAAAAGCAUGAAACUAAAGUAGAGAAAAAUAUAUAUAUCUAUGUACUUGUAUUGCGUCUAUCAUACAAAUAUACAAAAAUUUAAUACAAAACAAUGUCAUCAUCAGAUAAUAAUAAAAAAUUAUCCGAAGUUCUAGAACUAUUUCUAAUGCCUAAAUACAACAUCGUUUCUACUACUUAUCUCGAUCUUCUACUGUCUCAUAUCUCCGAUGAUAUUAAAGACUGUGAAUUAUUUCAAAAAUGGGUGUUAAAAGCAUUGAACAUUUGGAAUACUGAGUGCCUUCCUUCUCAACCUAUAAUUACAUUUACAUUGAAACUUGUAGGAUUAGUUUCACACAAUGAAUUAAGAUUUCAUUAUUGGCAAUUUAAGAAUGUGUACAAUAAAUUAUGCGAUAUUUUUAACCUGCAUAAAGAUGACUUACCAGUGUCUAUCAAAAUGGCUUAUAUUACAAUGUUAAUCAAUUUGAUUAAACACAAAAGUGGUAGACAAUGGAUCAUAGAUUUUGGUGCUUGGAAAGAUGUUGUAAAGUAUGCUCAUUGGAAUCACACAUUAUAUGUCACUCGUGAAAGUCAUAAAUUUUUAUGGCUUUUGCUCUUACAUGAACAACAAAAUGUUGAUUUUUGUAAAGAAGUUAUUUUGACAAUGAGUGCACCAUUGAUGACUAAUACUAUUGAGUCUCAGACACAUCAAGUGCUGCAAGAUAAUUAUUUAGAAGAAAAUAAAUUAUUAUGUACCACAUUAGAUUUGUUAACCAAUAUCAUUGAGAAUACAUUGUUUGCAAAUAUAGAUAAUACGAUACCUGAGUUGUGCCAAGAAGUCAUUGAUUUAGAAAUGAGGAUAAAAGCAUUAUUUGAAGCAUGUAUUAGUACAAAAGUUUUGUCACAUAUUCAUAAGCUAUUUAUUUUAUGUUUGUUCAUCCCCCUUAAAAGAUUCAUCAGAGAAGGAAAGAAAAUAGAAGUUGAAACAAAGCAAAAGUUCUUCACUGAUUUGAAUUAUAUAUUUCUGAUGCUUCUAUCUAAAGUAUACAUAGUAGAAUUAAUAAAGACAAACAAAUUUUUAAUGAUAUUUUGGAAAAAGUUACAAUCAUUGCAAGAAUUUUCUUUCAAUUAUGAACAUAAGUUUGAACAUCAAAUUAUAAUUAUAAUGAUUGUGCCUGUGAGUUUAUGUAUUAAACAUACAUAUAGAGAUUCUGAUAUUUUUGAUAUGUUUGUUUCUAAAAUGUUUGAUGUAACGUGUAUACCUAUACAAAGAUUGGGAUAUAAUAUAAGAGAUGUUGUACUUAAAAAUCAUGUACCUUUAGCACAGAUUGCAAAAAUAAAUAUUGACUUGCUCAUAGAAAUAACAGAUAUCAUGGAUAGGGAUAUUGCAGUUAUUGUAUUUCAAGCACUAUGUCACGUAUUAAAAAACUGUGUACCAGAUACAUGUAAUGAAACUCUAGAUAAUAUGACUAAUGCAAUACACUUGGAAAACGUAUCAAGAAAACAAAUACAUAAAUUUCCCUUAGAAGGAGAUCCUAUAGUUGAUCAUCCUACAUUAUUAUUAUCACUUCUAAAUGGUUUAGCAAUCAUGACAGAAAAGUUUAAAUUAAAAUGGCAAGAAUGUGUAGAAACUAUAUGUUUAUUGUCAUUAGGUCAAGAAAUUUUAAAUCAUUCUGGAACAUUACCUAUAAUUUGCGUGAAAGCUUUAAAAAUAUGUAAGUUAGCAAUCCAGAAUUUUAUGUCACCCAAUUUAGUACUAUUAACUGAAACAGAUAGUCAUAUGAGAGAGAUCGGACCAACAUUGUUUAAAAGAUUACAUGAUGUAAAUUGGGAAGUAAGGGAUAGUGUAUUGGAAACCUUAAAUACUAUAGCUGUAAUCUCGGAGGAUAAAUAUCCAACGUUCCAAGAAUAUUUAUUGGCAAAUGAGUUUUUACAACUAGCAGUUGAAAUUGCUAAGACAGACAGUGAAAGCUAUGUUCGGGCAUCUGCUUUAGUAUUUCUUUCGACAACUGUUCGUAUAAAUAAAUUAUGGGAAGAAAAAUUAUCGCAAUUUGAUUUACCAAAAAAAUAUCAUCGAUUCAAUGAUAUUGACAAUGGCAAAAACUGCUGUGCUUGAUCUUCAUUGGGAAGUAAAAAUAAGCGCUUUGGAAUAUUGGAAUCACGUUAUAACAUUGCAUUUAUCUGAUCAAGGUGUGCUUGAUGGUCAUUUCCCGAAAGUAACAUUUUCAAAAGAACACAGGAAAAUUGUAUCUUUAAAUGAAACUGAAAUAAAACGAAGGCUCAAUAAAGCAUUAGAUGAAUUAGCAAAACAAAAUUGCUUGGGUGUCCUUUUGGUUACUUUAGAAGAUAGCGAUUUUGAAGUGUGCAAAAUGUCGGCAGCUAUAAUAAAUAAAUUAAAAACAUUCCUUUUAAAAUACAAACUUAACGAACCUUUACCAGCGUUGCCUUUACCCAAAGAUAGUGCUACCAUGGAUGUCUCUUACGUUAAAUACGAAUCGCUGAUUAAUGAUGUUCCGACUAAUGCAAGUUCCAAUUGCGAGAUGCUCAAUAAUUCUAAUAAUGUGAUCGAAGAAAUUCUAGACAUUAACGAUGCAAGUCUACUUGCUUCUAUUUACAACAAUUCUGGCGUCGAUAAUAAACCGCAAAAAUCAGAGAAGAAAACAUUUCAAUAUAUUUCUUGUGUGACUAGGCAAAUUUUUCUCCAAACAAUUUUUGAUAUGAAUAUCGAUGCAUAUAUUGAAGAGAAAGAUCGGUGGCUAGCUACAUAUACCACGGGUUUUGGUUCAGUGUUGGAUGAUAUAUUAACGAUGUAUAAAAAAGAAGAUGUUAAUUCAAUGGACUGUUAUUAAUCAAGUUUUAAAAUUACUUAAAAAUUUAGAUUUUAUUUCUAUACAAGUACGAGUAUGGUAUCCAAGUUCUGAGUUUAUAAAAAGUUAAGAUUUUGCGGGAUACAUCACAUCAUGGUCAAAAUAAGAUUAUAUCAUGAAUUUUGUAAUUCACAAAAUUUUAUUACAAGUACGUUUACGUCUUACAUAGAAAAAUUUACAAUUUACUUUCUGAUAAGAUUUGAGUAAUAAAAAUAAAACAAAAUUUUCAUGCAUUACUUAUUUAUAGAAUAAAUGAAUGAACGAACAUUUAUGUAUUUAAUAUAUGACAAAACAUUAAAAUUCUUGUACAAAUUGUUUACGUAUAUAAAACAUUUUUGUUAAUAAAAAGAAAAUAAAAAAAUUUUUUGUUUACAUUGAUAUUCGUACUUAAAUCUGAAAAGUAAUAAACUUAAUUUAAGAAUUAAUGGAAUUUUGAAUAUAAAAAAAUUAUUAUUUACAUUAUUUAUACCUCAUUCAGUCUUCAUAUUUCUCUGUAUAAUUAAAAUGCAGCAUAUUUUCUUUAAAGAAAAUUUGCAAUAUCAAUUUCUACCGAUCGAGGAUAAACAUUUUUUUCAUCAGCAGACAUUUCUUGUUCGUCACCACUCACACUAAUGAUAGAAUUCCAAGGAGAAUUAUUGCAUGAUGAAUAGUAUGUUAAAACACUGUUAUCUGUAUCGGUGUUAACAAUUUUCAAUGAUGUAACCUCAGUUUUGUCAGUAUCUUUUAUUUUAGUUUUUAUCUUUGAUGAAAGAAAUUCUUUAUCAGUAUUGGUAUUAUUAGUAGUAUUGGUAACUGAGUCUGUAUGAUUCCAAAAUGAAGUCGUUGCUAUUUGACAAGGCUCGGUUUUUACCUCUUCCGUAUAUUCAUUCUUUACUCCAAUAAUCUCAUCAAUUUGAUUUCUUGUUAAUAAAUUUUUCGUUAAAACAUCUGUUUCUUUUGUACCUGUUAUAUGUUUUUUCUUUCUUCCUCUACGUCUUUUUCUACUCUUACUUAAAUCCCAACAAAGACUCUCAGUGAUAUUAAAAAAGUCUUCGUCAUUUAUUUCCUUCCUUUGAUAUAAUUCACGUUCCCAAGCGAUAAAUUGACUACAGUUUAUAGAACAAUUAUCAUGGGUGAAUUUUCUUGGUGAAUUUGUCACUUUAUUUUUAUACUUAUAUUUUGAUUCAGGUUCAAUAAAAACAUGA